AUGAGCGACGAGCAGGAGUUUGAGCGCGUUACUCGGUUGAGAACGCGCGCGGAGAUAAAGCGUGCGGCUGCSGUAACUAGUAUUCGGUCAGUGAACGCGCUUGCGUUGCGCGCCACGAGUAAUCCCGACGUAGUUCCCCAAUUUUUGGUUGCUGUCACGGAUUUGGAUAUGUUAUGGAAUCAAUUUAGGUCUGAGGACGACGCCGCUCUCGAUUAUUUAAUACAGCUAGACAAGUCGAGCGAUUACGCUGCGGACCUGCCGGGUGAGGUACGAGCGCUCAUCUCUGAGUCGAGAGCGAUUGCGGAAAAGUUGAUCCCAAGGGGUGCGGAGGCCGUAGACUUCUCUUUUAUCAAUUCGAAUCCYACGUCAAAGGUUGGUCCGUUACAAACACCCAUUGUUCAAAACAGUUCGACUUCGCGGCUACCAGAGAUACCAUUGCCAAAAUUCGAUGGGGACUUUAGGUAUUGGCCUACGUUCCGCGAUAGGUUCAAGGCGUCCGUUGACAAUCAUAGGCCCGAGUUGGCACCGAUAGACAAAAUGUACCAUCUGAUAGGUUGUCUGUAUGGCCCCGCYGCUGACGCGGUGCGCGGCAUACCCGUUGCAUCUGAUAAUUAUGAAUUGGCAUGGUUGACGUUAUCGCGCAGAUUUAACCGUCCACGUUUGGUGGCAGCGUCGUUAGUAGAAAAAUUGUUGAGUGUCCCGUCGUCCACUCAGGAGUCACUCCAGGAGUUGACAAAUUUUUCUAGUGUUUUUAGUGAAUCUGUAUCUUUGUUGAAGGCACUUAACAUUCCGGACCUUGGGUCAUUUUUAUUAUUUACGUUGGCUUUUCGACGGUUACCGUCGUCCACCCGUAAGGAGUUCGAGUCGAACGCAACCUCCGAUUUUCCGUCACUAUGUGAGUUGUUAACUUUCGUUGAGACACGUGUAGCUAUUCUGGAGCUUGUCGGUGAACCACCACGCAAACACAACACAAGUUCCGUGCCGUAUAAACCAGUUCAGGGCAGUCAACCGCGCAAAGGGGGAGAUCGGUUUCAAAAACAAUUGUCGUCUAAUCCCGCGUCAUUAGUCGUCACCAACCAUAACAAGGCCUGUCCUUGCUGUAACGAGCCCCAUACUUURGAAUUGUGCAAACGUUUUAAAUCGUGGGAUGUUAAGCAACGCGUCCGUUGCGUACGGGAAAAUAAGUUAUGUUUUGCGUGCCUUACCGCAGACCACUGGGCUAACAAAU